UGGAAGCUGCAUCAAAUUGGAGAGCCGCGAACUCCAUCAUGAAGCAUGCAUAGGGUACGAGCUUGAAGUAGAGAUGGAGCCGGUUACAGGUCGGGGCAUCGGGGCGGGAAGAUCCGCCAUCACGUGGCGCAUCAACAGGUUGGACGAACCAAAGAAUUCAAAACACUGAUUCCGGACACAACAUGUCGACAAGAAGCACGAUGUUUCAGGAGAUCCGGAUAAUUCUACUGCAACGGCAAUAGUUCACGUGAGCCGGCACGUUCCCGUGAUCGACCGUUCCGCGACUGCCCAGGUGAGUCACAGGUUCGGGUUCGGCUGCUAUCGAUAAGCGUAGGCACCACAGUAUGGUCUCAGCAAAACCAUUCCAAGGUUGCCACCACUAUUCUCUCCUUCUUCCUAGACAUCGCAAAUUCCAAACAAAGUGUGUUUUGAUCAAUCGAUAAUAUGAUAACCCUGGAUGCAUUACCGAUCGAGAUUCUGUCACUCAUAGCUAGCUUUCUCGAGCACCCCCGAGACGUAUCCAAUUUAUCCUCAACCUGCCGAAGAGUGAACCACUUCACCCAACUAGAUGGCUGGAAAGCCUAUCUCAAAGGCCGAUUUGGCAUCACCGGCCGGGACUCGGAUGCUCUCAGUACUGUGCAUGGCCUCACCACCCUGUACCGCAACUGGGAGCGAAAAGCCCUUGUGGCAAGAAACCUACGUCCCAGGCCAACUGUCACGAGCUUAAACAAUUGGGGCCAAACCACUUGGACCGAUCAAUCGACGCAAACCAUAGGCUACCAACCAAGUAUUGACAGCUAUGAAGAGAUAUAUGGAGGCUGGGCGGACCGGCGAGAGGUGCUGGCCUGGGCGGCUGGUACACGUGUGUUGGUGCGGAUUAAAGAUACGCAUCAAAAGGCCAAUUUUUCGCUGGAUGAGCCUUUCCGAGGGGAAUAUGACGUAUACGGCCACCCGACUUCAUGGUACUCUUACGGGAUAGAGGACGCAAUCGAUGGAGUUGACGACAUCAUGUCCGUUGGACUGCUACGUCCUCAUCAGAAACACGAAUCGCUGGAGUGUAUCACAACGACGACAGCGACUGGCGAACUCGAAUUGAUAUGUUUCGAUGUCGAAAACAGAAAAACUAAGACGCAGCGCUAUACCCCGACGGGUGGGAGAAGCUACCUUUCCAUGUCUCCCGCUUCUCAGCCGUUAAUGGCGACCACAGCGGAAAAUGCAAGGCUGAGGUUGUACCCUGUCAAUCCUGACUGCGUUGUGGACUCGGUGCAGUCGUCCAUCAGCGAAGUGGAGGUAAAAGCACCUCAACCGACCAGUAUGCCCUUGACUCUUGCGGCAUGCAAUUUCAUCUCCGAAGAUAAAGUAGCCGUGGCCCUGGGGCCCAGCCAGCAAAUCGUCCAAGUGUUUGAUAUCACUCCCACCGGAUUCUCAGCCAGCCCCAUUCGCAAGAUCUACUCGCCUUCGGAGCCAGAGUAUUUCAUUUUCGCAUAUUGCCUCCUGUCUCUUCCCAAGGACUCGCGCGCAGGAGGCAACUCAGGCAAUAUCUUCUUCUCCGGCGCCAACGACGGCCUCGUCCGGCUCCACGACCUGCGGUCACAUAAAGAUUGCGAGGCCAUCUUCGGCGACGUCACGAAUGACCAGGCAAUAUAUUCUCUCGCACUUCAAGGCCAGGAGCGUAUCAUCGCCGGAGGCAAUGCGCACUCGAUGUUGAAGAUCUACGAUAUCCGGUUCCCCGGCACACACGCAUACAGCUCCAUUACCCUGCCGUCGAGGCCUCGCGUGCGGAAAGUGCAUCCCCCCAAUCGGACCCGCGGCUUCGGUGAUUUCAUCAACCCGAAGAAACUUGGGGAUGCACAGCUCGUCACGGGGGGUUGGAACCUCUAUCUGCGGCCCAACAACAGAAUAAGGGGCGUUAGCAUCGGCCAUCCAUACCAAGCACCUUCCUCCGUCUACAGCCUCUCCAUCCCCUCAUCCACGUCGCCUUCCCUGUACGCGGGCCUCACGGGCUGCGUGCUGGGCCUCGACUUCGUCUCCGUGCUCGACAAGCACCCCGAUCCCCUCCACGCAGGAAACCGUCUCCAGUACCUAGACACGGGAAACGUCGACGUGGUGCGGACGUACAAUCCAGACAACGAUGUCCUGGACCUGUCCAUGUAUCACCAGGGCACUGAGGGGGAGCUGGACAUGUCGCUUUUCGUGCAGCACGGCGCAAACAACGAAGUCGCAGAGUUUGCGAAGUCGAGGGAUUCGGCGAAAUUGGCGGGCAUGGAUGAGAGAUGGCGGGAUCCUGCCGAGGACAAGUGGGUUCGUGGUCAGGAGCCGGGGAUGCAAAUGAAGGGCGAUAGAGGGCAUCGUAGGGGAGGUAGGACGCGCAGGAGAGGGAGGGGACAUGCUUAGUCGGUGAUACCGCAAAUGAAGAUAUGGGAAGAGUCGGGGAAAGACCUUGAUGGCAUCGGAAAAGCUAAGAUUGGGAAAGAGUUGGGAAAGAACUUGAUGGCGUUUGACAUGCUGUCUUUGGACAUCGAUCGCAAUUUCUCAUUUCCUCAUAGAUGGACAACGCGCGUGGGAUAGACACUCAUAUAAACAUGCGAGUACUUCGUAAAAUUCUAUAGACGAUUCCUUUUAU